UUCUCCGCAAUUUGCGAUUUGAUGGUUCUGUCCAAUUCAAUGUUGGCUGCCCAUCGUUGAGACAUCAUAUUCCUCCAAAGCUUUGCUCCCUUCACAUAAUCAGCGAGAUUCCUCUACCUCUUGUUGCGAGCAAUCUCCGAAGCUUCCUCCUUUAUCUCUGUCCAGAAGCGGCUUUGCCAGACGUUCUCUUGCUUCGCGAUCCAAUAAUAUUAGUCCAGGUCUCUAUUUGUUCCUUAUUAGCACGCUAUGCAGCAUGCUGGUGAUAGUACCCACGAAGAGGCGUGCAGCGUACCCAUAGGAGGAAUUGCACGUUGGUUUCCCAAUGACUUUGAAACAGAAGGGGUAGAUUGGGCAGCAUUUGAAGAGCAUCUCAACAUGGUUUCGGAUGUGGCGUUUGAAGUCACCUCGGCGGCCACAAGAACCAUAGCUUCAAACUUGCCAUCAUCAGCACCCCUCCAACCGAGGCACAUUGCCAAAGGAGUUGGCGCGAUCCAUUUUGCAGUCUCUUGCAGCAACCCAACAGCACCAAAGUCAGUAAUCCAACGACUUAUGGAUGCCAACCCGGACGCCGUGCAGCUUACAGAAUCAAAGUAUGGAUGGAAUGUUCUGCAUUGUGCUUUGCAGUUCAACAAGGCAUGGUCUGCUCCAGAUGGGGACUGCGACAAGGAGGGAAUACUGGAAAUGCUGCUACAUGCAAGGCCUGACUUGGCGACCGAGGGAGCUACUUCCUUGGACGAGUUUGGCUUGCCGCCUCUGGCCUUUGCUAAAUCCAAAAGCGUUGCCUCAAGGCUGGUUAGAAUCAUGCCAACCAAGGCGACAAUCUCCAUCUUGAAGAAGAUCUUCCUAAAACGAAAACUAGUGGGAGGGUCCAUUGAAGCCAUGGAGCAGAUUGUACGGGAAAUCUCAACUCUGGAGCUACAGCUGGGGCGGUCCAUCCUGGCAGAAGGAAUCCUACCUGACAAGAACCGGGCUCGCAAACAAUCUCUAAUCGAGUACACGCUGCUCCAAUCCACCACAGGUCGAAGUGAUAAUAAGAAUCAUCAAGAACCUUUGGCCUUGAUGCGUCUCGUGGACCUCAUCAUACAGGCAACCUACUGCUAUGGAUUUCGUAGGGCUUCUGAAGAAGACUGCGUCACUUUGAGUACGAGUCCACCACCUCUCGAGUGCCUCAUGAAACUUGUCGCAAAGCAAGUGUUGAUGCAGAAGGUUCUGGAGCUGUAUCAAACCGCCAAAGUGGGGGGAAGCACUGAAUACUUUGAGUACCCCGUCACCGCAGAACGACAGUCAGGAUAUGGUGUGAUUGGUGCAUCUGCUUCGGGAGAGACAAACAGUCAACCUAGACACUUGGAUAGGGCUUCUGCUUCGACCGAGAAGAUAUUACAAGAUUAUGGGCCAAGCACGUUUCCUUCUUCCAAUUCUCAACAUCUAGACAAGCUGCUGAAAUGCAAGGAGGAACUGGAUUUCAAGAUCCAACGAUCUCUGGAUGUUCUGCGGCAAACGGCAGCGUCCCUUCAGAGCUACAAAGACAUGUAUACCAAAUCCGUCGAGAAGCUCUGCACUGAGGCACAGUCCUUAUCACUUGGAUCCAACGACGCGAGCUCAUCAAUGUGUGAGAAUCCCAUUCACGUCGGUCUUGUUACGGAUAAUGUUGCGUCACUACGAGCCCUUGUGGCGGUCUCCUCGAUGCCGCCCUCGCCUCCCAAGCGUCAAAAGUCAGUGGAAUCUUCUGCAAACGAUGGUACUAGUCGUAUCAAUCGUCACGUUUUGGAAGAGACAAUGGAGGGGGCCAUUGAGAACAUGGCCGCAGCCGGUCUUGCCCUAGACCUGUAUAACCGAAAUAUUCGCACGGAAUCGACGACUCUAGUUCAGCAGCAAGAAGACUUGAAAGCCAUGGAUAUGAGCUAUUUCAAGAACGCGGAGCACCAGCAAUCUGCCAGAGCCAUUAUCUGUAUAGCUGAAUACCAGCUGCAAAAGGAAGGUCUCCAAAAGUGCAUUAACGACAUUAAGCGGGAACUGAAAGAAGCCGAGAGUCUUGGCGACCGAAAAGCUCAAACGUUGCGUACAAACGAACUUGACCUGCGGUGGGUCAAGCUAAGCACAGAGAUUCGCGAUCUAUCUCGCGAAAUUGAAAUCAUGCGAGAGAUGGUCUCUGACAGACGGCAGGACCUCGGCGGCUACAUGAUCAAAGCUCGACGUAUUCUGCACAACUCACGAGCAUCCAAUAAGGUAGUCCGGACGAGAGCCUCUCGAUUUCUCCGUGAAGCCAAGAAGGAGAUGCGGGAGAUCAUGGCGACAUUGGCACCAGCGAUCCAAGCCAGGAAAGGCAGACUGUGUAAUCGUCGCCAACGGCGGAAAUUUCGACAACAUCAACAGCAGCAGCGGGAAGAAGAACUGCAAAGAGCCAUUGAAGAAGAUGAAGAACUGUCGCGAAUGACGAAACGGCUCAAGCUGAGCUAGCUAGGGAUCACUUCGUUGGAAGUCCGCCUUACUUGAUUCCUGGGGAGUUGCGCUAUAGAGUUGGCGUCAUUGUCAUUUAUAAAUCCAUAAAACUCACUUUUU